UCAACAUUCCGUCUAUCACGUGAACGAUGGAAGUUACACAUGUUUGUAUUUUUGCUCUUCAGGUGGUUUGAAUUUUGUUAAACCAGGUGUAUUGAUUGAGGAUGGCUGAACUUGAGAGUCUGUGUGGCUUGGAGCAGGACUCCAUCCAACAUGAUCCAAGUCCUGACGAGGCAUCAGGAGCAGAUGCUUCCAGUCCUUCAGCUGAAGCGAACAGUCUGACUGCUGCACAGCAAGAUGUCCUUGAGCGCUGUCUCCGUGUGCUCACUCAUGCCAAAAAUGACAGCCAUGUUUUAGCAGCCCUUCUUCUGAUUACACGAUUGUGUCCAGCCAAUCAGCUGGAUUGCGUGACCCUGCAUCGAGUCUUUGAAGCAGUGGGUUUCAACCUUCCUGCACGGCUGCUGAUAACGGCGAUCCGAGGGAGCGAGAGCUCUGGGCUUCCCCCUGAGGAGCUGCUGUCUCUCGGGACUGCUUUGCUAGGUGCUCUAAGCACUGACCCGGACAUGGUCACUCAUCCCCAGCUGCUCAGUACUGUCCCUCUCCUCCUGGGCUUGCUGGAAAGUGGAGCACCGUUCAGCCAGAAGCGAGCCCAGUGCGACGCUGCAGCUUCUCAAGCCACUGAGAAGACGCGUCCCAGUGAUUCAUCUCAUCAGACUUCAGGAAAGGAAGCACCAACAAGUCCUUCCAGGUUAGGGGAUGGAGAUGAGGCAGCCAAGCCUCCCACAUCCACCCUGGAUGAGGAAGUGGCAGCUGACUGCUAUCGGGUUUUGAACUCUCUGUGUGCCCUGCCAGGAGGACCGGAUCGGCUGCUGUCCCGCGGUGCUGUCCCUGCUCUGUGCAGAGCUGUGUCUCAAAAACAGACUCUCAGCUAUGAGAAGGGUCUUCCGCUCCUGGCUCAUCUCUUAUCCAGUAGUGUUAGGCAGCGUGCAUGGAGCAAACACCCAGCAGAACUGCUUUCUCUCCUUGAUAGGAUCUCCCAGAACUUCAGCCAGACUUCAGAUCAGGAGCGUCUGGAGAUGUGCACUCAGAUACCGCAGUUUCUUCCCCCACCUGGAGGUGAGCUACAAACUCAAGAGCUCAGGGAUGUAAUCAGUCGUCUUUGGGCAACGUUGCGUCCAUUGGUUCAAGGGAAACUCGGCGCAGAGCAGCUGGGCCAUGUUCUUGUGCUGUCUGCUUGCCUGCUGGACUUGUGUGGCUGGGAUCCAGCAGGUCCACCCAAGUUCUGCUGCUUGCUAGUGAACCGGGCCUGUGUGGAGGUGAGGAUGGCACUAGAGGAGCCUCCAGGUACGAAGUUGUCUGCUCAACAGCAGCACACACUCUCUGCCUGCUACCGUAUCUUGGAGUCGGCCAUAGAACAAGCAUGCAGCGAAGGGAACAGCACGAGUCCUGCUCAGCCGGAGAUUGCCAUUACCAGUUUGAGUCUGCAGCAGAGCAGGCAGGUGCUGGGAGUCUUGGAGGAAGCUUUUUCUGCCAUCAUUUACUACCUGCAACAGGUGGAUCCAAGCCGUUAUGAUGACCCCUUCCUCUUUGCAACGUUCCGCUCUCUUUGUGCCUGGUUGGCUGAGGAGACGUCAUGUUUAAAGGAGGAGAUCAUAGCCCUCUUGCCCUUCCUCAUUGGUUACACCAAGCAUCACCGACAAGACAAGAAAGGCAAGGGGCUGGCUGAUUGGAUGUCAGAGAUGUCCGUCACUGAUGGCUCACAAGCUGGAACAUGGACAGGCGAACGUGUGCUGAGAUAUCUCCUCCCAGCACUUUGCCACCUGUCAGCUGAGGAAGGCCCAAGAAAGGUGCUGCUCUCUCUGGAUACUCCAGCUUUACUGGUGGACUUUCUUGCCCAUGGCUGGGGAGUCUUGAAGACUCAGAGUGGGAGAACAGUAAGCAGAGAUCCCAGUUUGGAAACGGCCUGUUCUGCCCUGCUCAACUUUGUAGUCACAGAGCCUGAGCAAGUCAGGACUGAUGCUUGCUUUGCCUCCCUUGACGCGUUACUGAGUGAAGCACUCCCAGUCCUCCUCCACAAGUCACGCCUGUUGGUUCUGACAGCCAAUUUCUGCACUCUGGGUCUUAUGAUUAACAGGCUAAAACCAACUUUAACAGGUCUGGGGAAUUCCAGUCAGCAGCGGUUCUUCUCCUCUGCCCUGCAUUUCCUCCGAGGGGCGCUACAGGCGGUCGAGGGUGGGGGCCAGGCACGAGUCUCUCCUGUGUGGGCACCAUGGUGGGAAGAGGUGUGUGAGCUCUGGAGGCUCAGCGUGCAGGCUCUGGGCGGCUGUGUGAAAGCACAGCCUUGGAUAACCACCAUCGUCAGAGAGGAGGGCUGGCUGCAGAGCGUCCUCAGCCUGCUGGAGUCCAGCUGCGGUCUUCCAGACCCCUAUUCACAGGGGGCCCUGGAGGAGGCUCUGUGUGCUAUCGUCCACGAGUGCCCACUUUGUCGCCAAGAUAUCGGUGUUUACAUGAAAAGGGAAGAAGGGGACUCGCUCCACUCCAUGCAAACACUGAGGAAGAUUCUAAUGACCUAAGCUAUUGAGUAAUAACUCAACUAUAUCAUGUGUAUGUGCCUGUUGGGUGAGAAUUAUUGAUUGGCAAAAUAAUUUCUAUAUUUGUAACUUUAUGAUGCAAAAAUUAAAUAAAAAAUGUUUUUGCUUCUAA